AUGACGAACUACCAUGUAGUCUUUCUCCAGGGUGAUUACUCCCAAGUCCCAGAUUUUGAACUCCCAGCCCCCCAUACCUACACCAAAACUGUCUACCCGCAGACCACGCUCUCCCAACUCCAUGAGCGCAUCCACGAUGCCUCAAUCCUAGUCUUCUCGAAGAUUGAACUGGACGCAAUCGCACUGUCACCCGAGGUGACACCACAUCUUAAGCUGAUCGUCGUCGUGGCCACGGGCACCGAUUGUGUGGAUCUCGAAGUGUGCAGGAGAAGGGGAAUCGCCGUGAGCAACUGUCCCUCAUCCAAUGUCGAGGCGGUUUCUGAGCAUGCCAUUGGGCUGUACUUCACGACGCGACGGAAAAUGCUGCAGUUGCACUCGAUGACCCGAGCUGGGGAGUGGCCGCGACAGAAGACCCUUAUGUACCGAGCUCUAAAUAAAGAUGGGACGCCGCCCUUGACGUGCCAGGAGGAAGUCGUGGGUAUUAUAGGGAAUGGAAAUGUAGGGAAAAGAAUCGCUGGGAUCGCCCGAGGCCUGGGCAUGAAAGUCUUGAUAUCAGGACGCAAGAAUGAUUCCACCAUGACAAACGGCGAAAACAGGACUCCCUUUGACACCGUGGUCAAGCAAAGCACGGUGCUCUUCCUAGCGCUUCCGCUGACCGACCAGACCCGCCACCUUAUAUCAACGCCAGAGUUGGAAGCUAUGUUGCCUUGUGCUGUGGUAAUCAACGUCUCGCGCGGAGGCAUUGUGGACGAAGACGCCCUGGUCAAGGCUCUCCAGAAAGAUCAGAUUGCAGGAGCUGCAACCGAUGUGUUUAGCGAGGAGCCAUCAGCACCCGACAAUUCUGCUCUAUUACGAGAAGACAGCCAAGAUCUCAAUCUGGUGGUGACGCCUCAUUUGGCCUGGCUGUCCCAGAUGACUUUCAACAAUUAUUCGCGCUUGCUCCAAAGAGCGGUGGAAGGGUGGAGCUCAGGAUCUCGCUGCAACAUCGUAGUGGCUGAGAAGGGUAGUGAUGCUGCUGCUGACUCGAUGGACUACCAGACCAUCAACAUGCCGGGCAAUGCCUCCGGCAUUCCCCCCUCAGACGGGGCGACUACGGAUAGACCGUCGAGGCCCUUGGACUAUGGAAAUGAGCAGCUAUCCACUGUCGAUGACACCGGCCUUUCUUCUCCGACUCCUGUGCCCCAGAGCUUUACCCUCCGUUCCCUCCUAGUGGGCCUUCUUAUCGGUGCCUUGAUUACCUUCUCCAACACCUACUUCGGUCUGCAGACAGGCUGGAUCAGUACAAUGGCCAUGCCCUCGGCGUUGGUAGGAUUCUCGGUCUUCAAGGUCAUGUCCAAGUACCUUUCGUAUCCGUUCACUCCCAUCGAGAACGUCCUCAUACAAACAGUGGCAGGCGCAGUGGGAACAAUGCCUCUGGGCUGUGGGUUUGUCGGAGUCAUUCCUGCAUUAGAGUUUCUUCUCAGGGAUGGGAAGGAUGGGCCGUCUGGUGACGGAGGGACUGGAGAGGGAGGACCGUUGAAGCUUAAUUUUUGGAAGCUGGCCAUUUGGAGUCUGGGCGUGUGUUUGUUCGGUGUCGUCUUUGCUGUCCCAUUGAGAAAGGAGGUGAUAGUCCGAGAGAAAUUGAAAUUCCCUAGCGGAACAGCAUCGGCCUUGAUGCUGAGGGUCCUGCACAGGAGCGGACAGAGUGAUGAGAAGACAAGGGAUGGAUCCGGCCAAUCCGGGAGCGCCCUACGGGAUGACGAGGAAGAGGCAUUGAUAUCGCGACGAGAAUCCGAAGACGACAAUAUGCUAUGGAAACAGGAUGACUCCCUGGCCCGAAACAAUGAAAAAGAAGAUUGGAGGUCGAAAAUGCGCCUCUUGGCCAGUGCGUUCGUUGUCUCUGGGGUUUAUACGCUGUUUUCUUAUUUUGUCCCUCAAGUCCGUGGCAUUCCUAUAUUUGGCCUCUCGCUUGCACAGAACUGGCUGUGGACGCUGAAUCCGUCACCGGCCUAUGUCGGACAAGGGAUCAUCAUGGGCCCUUCAACUUGUAUGCAUAUGCUCUUCGGGGCGGUGUUGGGCUGGGGUAUCCUGUCGCCACUUGCAAAGGCCCGUGGCUGGGCUCCCGGCUCCGUGCGUAGCUGGGAAGACGGAAGCCAGGCGUGGAUCGUUUGGGUCUCCUUAGCCAUCAUGCUCGCAGACUCUCUCGUCAGUCUCGGUUGGCUCGUCCUCAAACCCGUGGUAAACAAUGCACCGGCACUCAAGGCAAGAUUCCUUUCCAGCAGUUUCGGUCGCUGGAUCGGGUCAAAGACACCGAUAACUUCCAAUCAUCGUUCAUACAUCAGUUAUGCGGCUCUAAGCCCGAUCUCUGAAGAACCUUCGUCUAUUCGAAGUCAACCCAUAUUGUCGACAGGGAGAUGUAGUGAGGCUAGUGAUGAAGGAGAUGAAGAUGCCCCUCCAUCCCAGCUCAUCUCCACAAGAACCGUCAUUAUCCUACUCCCUCUAACUCUCAUUCUAAACGUUGUCUGCAUGCAUAUCGUUUUUGGGGAUAUCAUGUCUCCACUUCUCUCUAGCCUCGCCACUUUACUGGCCGUCCUGCUCUCAAUUAUGGGUGUUCGCGCCCUGGGCGAGACCGACCUGAACCCCGUCUCGGGGAUCAGUAAACUAACACAGCUACUCUUUUCCCUCGCAACGCCUGCCUCGCACUUCUCGCGGCGCACAGCACUCGUGACCAACCUGCUUGCCGGCGCGGUCUCUGAAUCCGGUGCCCUGCAGGCCGGGGACAUGAUGCAGGAUUUGAAAACCGGUCAUCUCCUGGGCGCGAGUCCUAAAGCUCAGUUCUACGGCCAGAUGAUAGGCAGUCUAGUUGGUGCCGUCCUAUCCACCGCUGUGUACAGAAUGUACGUGAAUGUAUACGAAGUGCCGGGUCCCAUGUUCCAGACCCCCACCGCGUACAUUUGGAUUUUCACAGCGCGUCUCGUCACAGGCCAGGGCCUACCUCCCAUGGCAUGGCAAGCGUCUCUAGUAGCCGGCGUGGUCUUCGCCGCGAUGACCGUUCUUCGCAUUGUUGCUGCCUCUCCCAUCGCCAACGGUGGUCAUCAUGGUGUCACUGCACCUUGGCGAUCAUGGAUUCCCGGUGGCAUCGCCGUUGCUGUGGGGAUAUUCAAUGUCCCGUCAUUUACUCUAGCCCGAGCGAUUGGUGGCAUGAUCGCCUGGUGGUGGUCUCGGCCCUACUCAAAGGGUCCGUCUUCGGUUCUUGAACCACCGACCCAACAACUUGCCGGUUCGCCAAACGCUCAACAAGUCACGGGCAACGAAAUUCAGUCAACUGAUGGUAGAAGGAAAGCCGAUCAGACGACCAAGGAGGCAGACGUUGCGUCGUCAACCGUCGUGGUCUUGGCUUCCGGUUUGAUAUUGGGAGAAGGGAUCAUUAGCAUUGUGAAUCUUCUUCUCGCGAGUGGAGGAGUCCCUCAUCUUUAA